AAUAAUAUCGUGUCGUCGUCGCAGAUCGCUAUCACCGGCACCGCGACGUGUAGUGUGGCUUGGCUUUAUGGCGUGCACAUCUACCUAAAUACGAUAGACGGAUAGACGAUAUCGAAUUAUCAAUAAUAUUAUUAUUAGAUACCCACUUGUAUGUGUCGGAAGCCCCAGUCGGACGAGCUCACGGCCCGGCGGGGGUACGGUAUCCAACGCCGAUGACGGGGUACGACGACCUACGGUGUCGGGUGCAGCAGCAGCAGACAGCAGUACAUCGCGAUCGUCGUCGUCAGUACUCAGUAGUCGGCAACUCACUACUCGUCACUCGUCACUCGUCCGUCGCGUAGUAGCCAGCAAACAGCCGGUCAGGGAUUCACACGUCCCCGCAAAAUAAAUAGUCCGAGCCGCGUUUCCGAGUGACGAGUGUGUUUUUAUUUGAAUUUCUGUUGAUCGAACCGGCAUACGGACGACGACGAUUCACAUUAAAUAAUAUUACUAUAAUUAUAUCCAACCAACGCAUUGUUAUUUUUUGUAAACCGCAAUAAAUCACACCAACAUUUCAACAUUCUACACCACUGGUCUGUACAGUGGCUUUACAACCUUAAAAUCGAAAACUUUACAACCAUUUCUGGGAAAUUCGUAGUCAACAGCAGAACUAACGUGAUUUGAUAUCCACCACCGCCAAACUUGGUGCUUCGCGAUAAUAUGGCAUUGAAUCAUCAAAGACGUACUGAUAAAUGGUGGGAAACAGAGUAUAGUGACAAUAUACAUUCAUAUUUACAGUACCACGAAGUUAAAUGGAGGAUGGUUUAUGGAGCUAGAUCACCACAAAUUCAUUUGCGACCCGUGUUGUUAAAAACUAUUAGAAAUAUAGCCAAGACAUGUGAAAUGUCAAAUGUAUGUGUUCAUUUGGCCGUCACCUUGAUGGAUUUAUUUAUGGAUAACCAUGAUCUAAAAUUUGAUACUAUCAUGCUAGUCUCGUUUGCAUGUUUAACAUUAGCUGCAAAAAUUGAAGAACAUUGCUUAAAAAUACCAAAACUAAAUACCAUGCAGAAUGUCAUUAGUAAAGAUGUAACAAAUUCACACUUUCGUAAAGUAGAGAUGAAAAUUUUAAUGUUUUUCGAGUUCAAUGUUGCGAUACCUACAGUUGCACAUUUCAUUGAAUUUUAUAAAGACCAUUUUUUCUGUGAUAAUGAUUUUUAUCAUAACGAAUUUGCAUGUAUUUUAAAAGACAAAUUCAAUAGAAUGAUUCUCUCAUACCAGGAUGCAUCAUUGGAAAGCAUAAAACUUAUAUCUUAUAAUCCAUCAAUGGUUGCCGCUAGUAUUAUUUUAACUACUAGGCAUACAUUAGGAUUGGUACCAUGUUGGACUGCACAAUUACGAAAAGUGACAGGAUACUUAAAAAAAGAUCUUGUGCAGUGUUGUUCUCUAUUAGGAAGAAAUGUUAUGCAGCACAGAAAGUUUGUGCCAAUGGAUGAAGGAUAUCUAAGUUCUUCUCCUGGUUUUCGAUCUCCAAUAAUCAUGGGAAGUAAAAAGAAAAGAAGUCACAUUGAUGUACCAAAUGUAAUUUUAUCAAAACGAACAGCAUUCUAAAACUUUUACAACUGUGAUAAGUUAUCCUACAAUUUAUUCCUAUUUUCCUUCUUGUGUACUGUGUUGUUUCACAAUGCCUAUUCUAAGCUAUUUAUUUAUUUCUACUAUUUAAAAAAUAUAUUGUGAUAUUUAUUUAUUCAUAAAGCUCAAUUUAUUUUAUGAGACUGAAUUCUGUUUUGUUUU